AAGCACGUUUCAUUUGACGUAGCAAUGAAUGGCAAAAUUGAAAAUAACGCUCAAACCAAGAACAAUACUGAAAAACAAGAUUUUCCAAAAACUAAAAAUACUAAAUUUCUACUUAUACCUUCUAAUUUAGUGGUCUGCAAAAUGAGAGUCGUUUUUUAUGUCCAACUUUUUAGCCUGUACACAGACAAAAAGACACAUUCAUAAAAGUAAAGUAAUGAAUUAAUAAUGAAUGAUACUUUAUGACAUCAAAACUUGUAACUUGUAGAAAAAUUAGAAACCUAUGCUAUACCCUUCAUAGUGGAUAGCCUAACUUCUAAAUAAAGCUUAUAAGCUUCAUGAUUUUAGACAUGGAUUAAGAGAUUAUGUAGAUACAACACUUGUAUUUAGGUUACGUCAAUUGGAAAUCUAUGGUAAAUCUACCAAAUAACCUACCGUCUACAGUUUUAUGUUUAAGUUUUAAGAUCAAAUAUAUAAUGGCCUUAAACAGGCUUUUUUCUAACUUAACCAUCGCUACUGCGAUGGUGGCGAGACGAAAUCUUCACGUUGGUGUUGUUCAUUCUGCGAGUAAACCCAAUAUAGAAAAGCCGAAACCUGGUUUCGGAAAAAGUUACAGGCGUAUUGUACAUUUUCCUGAACAAUAUACAGUAAAACCUUUAGAAGUUACAAAUCUAGCUGGAAGGGAUCCAGAAACAGGACGUGUGGUCGCUAAAGGUAUCGGAGGAGGUAUAAAACACAAAUAUCACUGGAUAGACUGGUACAGAGUUGGGCCUACUGAGGGUCCACCACAAGAAGAAAAAGUUAUACAGAUUAUAGAAGAUGGAUGCAGAACUGCGCAUGUAGCUUUAGUGGCAGUUGGUGACAAGUUAAAAUAUAUUUUAGCCACCGAGAACAUGAAAGCUGGGGAUAUAAUCAAAACAUCCUGUAAACUCCCUAGAAUACCAGUUCGUGCAAAUGAAGGCGAUGCUUACGUAUUAGGAGCUUUACCUAUAGGAACGAUAGUGCACUGCGUCGAGAAAGAACCUGGUCAAGGCGGUCUAUACAUACACGCGGCAGGCACGUCUGGGACCAUCGUGAGGAAACAAGACGACAGAGUUAUUGUUCAGAUGCCUUCCAAAAGACUAUUUAGUUUCAAUCAGCUUUGUAUGGCCGUUGUUGGUCGUCUGUCCAACGUUCUUCACGGCAGCACACCUAUAGGGUCCCCACAGCGGAACAGGUGGCUCGGGAACCGGCCUCGCUCAGGUCUGUGGCAGCGGAAGUCUGGUCGUCACGGAAGAAAGAUCAAACCCCCAAAACCUGUCAAACAAAUCUGCAAUCCGACGAGCACCAAAUUGCCGCCCAUAAUACUAAAUAUGACACCAUAAUUUUAGUAAAUUGUUGUUGUUGUGAUUA